CUAUAGCGGCAAUCUCCUUCAUACUGCUCGCUCUGUUUGCAGCAUCUUCCAAUUCGUUCGUUCUUGUUUUCCGAUUACCGUGUUUUGAAAGUGGCUUUGAGUUAAUCCUAGCAUCAAUUGCAAAUAGUUGAGUAGUAGUGAAUUUCAAGAAAAUGGUCUUCAUGCCAGCAUUGCUAGGACGGGUUCAUAAGCCUGUAUCCUCCUCUCAGAUUGAUAGGCUUGUUUCCUUUUUAAAUUCCAAACGACCAUGGACUGUACGCCAUUUUAGCAAACAACUUGUCGGAGAAUCAGAUGACGUUUCUAUUCAGAACUCAGACCCAAAUUUUAGUGACAGAAGAAGCCGCGAAGGAUCAGAACCAAUUCCAAGUACAAAGCCAGUUAAUCAGCGUACCCGAGAAUAUAAUAGAGGUUCUCGUUCAAGAUUCGAUGGCAACCGUGAUGAAGUGGAAAAGACAACAAUGAAAUCUGAUCUUGGAUUUCAGGGCCGAAAUAGGCCGGACGUUGCCAAUCAAUUAGGAGACAGUUUCCUUGAUAAGUUCAAGCUUGGUUUUGAUAAUAAAGCAGGGAAUUCCUCAGAAACCAACCAAUCUGAAGAGGCGACAAAGAGUUCAAAUUCCAAUCAACCAGCUAUGCCUGAGGACGCUGAUGAAAUCUUCAAGAAGAUGAAGGAAACUGGUCUUAUCCCCAAUGCGGUGGCUAUGCUUGAUGGUCUAUGUAAAGAUGGUCUUGUUCAAGAAGCAUUGAAACUUUUUGGUUUGAUGAGAGAAAAGGGAACCAUUCCAGAGAUUGUCAUUUACACCGCUGUGGUUGAGGGCUACACAAAGGCCCACAAGGCUGAUGAUGCCAAAAGGAUUUUCAGGAAAAUGCAGAGCAAUGGAAUUUCACCCAAUGCUUUCAGUUACACCGUCCUUGUACGAGGACUCUGCAAAUGUAGCAGAUUACAGGAUGCUUUUGAAUUUUGUGUAGAGAUGUUAGAAGCUGGUCAUUCUCCAAAUGUCACAACUUUCGUUGACCUUGUAGAAGGUUUCUGCAAGGAACAAGGGAUUGAAGAAGCAAAGGGUGCUAUCAAAACAUUAAUAGAAAAGGGUUUUGCUGUGAAUGAGAAAGCUGUUAAGGACUUUUUGAACAAGAAAAAACCAUUUUCACCCUCCGUCUGGGAGGCUAUCUUUGGGAAGAAAGCCCCACAGAUGCCAUUUUAAAUAUCUUUGUAGACUAUUUGAUGCUGCUUGCUUGGUGCUGCUACCUUCAGAAGAUUUCUUGGAAUCACUGUUGUUGGUUAUGGACUUAGAUCAAAAUCAAAUACAGUGGCGUUGCAGUGAUAACCUGGGUACAUUGGCCAUUGUCAGAUAAUUACCACAGCUUUUCUUACUCUUUUUUGCAUUGCGUAGUUGGCUGAAAUGGACUAAGAUGCACACACGCACAUGUCUUAGUAGGGUCUUCAUAAUCCCAUGGUUUUAACUAUGGAUAGCGGAGCCAGAUAGAGCCAGUUGGUUGAGUAAUUCGUGUUUAUGGUUUAGUUAUAAAAGCUGCCCAAGUAAUUAGGAGUUAUUUACCUCUCUCUGGUUUGUAUACAAUCCAAUUGAGGACACUAUUUUAAUGAAUGCGCACUUUGGACAUCCCUGUCUUUAUUUUC